AUGGAUGGCCAGAAUGUUCAAAAUGCCCAAGCCGAUCAAUAUACCCAACCCAGUCAACCCGACCAAAACGCCCAAAACGACCAGACCGAGAAAGAGCAGCUGGACAUCAACGACAAACUGCUUGAAUCCAUCGAUGCCCGCCGAAAGCAAACCAGGUCAAAGGGGAUGCUCGCGAAGAGUCUUCUUUCCCUCCAGAAGAAUCUAGCUGGUGAUGCUCCUGUUCCUCCGGUUUUGGAUAAAGAGGAUGAUCAGGGUCCGGCUGGGUUAGUUGGGGAAAUUGAAUCGGCAGGACAGGUUGAAGAAGUCGAAUCCGAAGAACCUGCUGGAGAAGUUGAACAGAAUGAACAGAUCGAACAAGACAAAGAAGCCAAGCAAGAUGAAGAAGCUGAGCACGGUGAACAAGCUGACCAAAACGAUCAAGUCCAGCAAGAUGAAGAAGUCAGACCCGUCGAAUCAAUCCAGCAAGCCGAACACGUUGAACGAGCCGAGCAAGCUGAUGAGACUCAGCAAACAGAGCAGGCUGAGCACACUGAACAAAACGACCAGGUCGAACAGAUCAAGCAAGACGAACCGGCCGAAAUAGUCGAACCAGCAGAUGAAAAUCCAAUGGCUCUUGUGCUUUAUUCAGGGAAACGCCAAACACCCAUCGAACCCUCUUUUAACGACAAUUCUAUGUCAAUCCCGAAUGUAUUCGAUGAAGUACUCGACGUACCGAGUUUGGAGUUUGAAGCCGAUUUUUUUCGAAUACUCGACACCGAAAACACCACUCAACCAUUAUUUGAUUUGUCGAAUGAGACAUUUGGUUCUCUGCCACUCGACUUCACCCAGCUGUCUAUGCCAGAGUUUAAUGGCGAAUCUGCAUUACAACCCUUUCCGAACAUCCCAGAUGAGGUGACCGAUGCUGUUCUGCCAAUUACCAUCGAUGAGCCUGCUGAAACACAAACGGCUGGCUCUUUUACCCAGACAAGUGGUUUAGACUGGACCAACGACCUCACAAUGGUAGAGGAAGACACAUCCAAAUUUCAUGCAGUUGAAGCCUGGUAUCAGGGCCUCAAAGAACCUACAUUGGCAGAUACAAUCCGCUAUCAAGCAGCCGUCCAGGAAGAAGAAGCUCGGGAAAAGCGACUGGAAAGCCGGGAGGCUUUGAAAGAACACGAAUCAGGCUCGACAGAUGAUGAAGCGCUCUUUUGCUCUGACGAGGAGUCAGAAAUGCCGCCUCAUGAGGGACCUAGCAAUGGUGACCCUGGGCCAUCAAGCUCAAUUGGUCACAACAAGCCGAAGUCAAAGCCACGGGAAAGGAAGAAUAGAAUCUCUGCAGAGGAGAAGCGGAGAAGCAGACAGGUUGGUCUCGAUAUUGCUCUCGGAAGAGUGCAGAAGAAAGAACCCGGGAAUACACGAAAACGCAAGGCCAAUAAUACUGGCCCGAAUCCUGGACAAAAUGCCGGAGGAAAGGGCAAUCGCAAGAAGCAAAAGACCACAGGACAGGAUGUUUACCUGGAUGGCCUCUUUGCUCAUGGUAUUGUUGAAGAUGCGGCCGCCAACGCCUCGCUCCCAGCGAUCCCAAGUCUUGCUGGAAGGAACAAAGACAAAGCACUUGCCGAGCUUAUCGCCAGUAUACCUAAUGCGGAUCAAGAUGUAAAGGAUGAUAAGAAUAAAGUUUUGGCAGCGACAAGGAGAUUUACCCACAGCGCGAAGAGUGAUGAUCAAGGCGGAUGGAAAAUUAAAGGCUUGCGGACAACCUUAUACCAUCACCAGCUUUUAGGAGCAGCUUUCAUGCGUGACCGAGAAAACUCAUCUCAAGGACCAUUCGGGGGUCUUCUUUGCGAUAUUAUGGGGUUUGGAAAGACACUCCAGGCUCUAGCAAACGUGGUUGAUGGCAAGCCAUCAGAUCCAGAUGAUCCAGUGAAAACAACACUGAUUGUUGUUCCAUCACAUCUUGUGUCACACUGGAGGGACCAAGUACUCAGGCACUGCGACGUCAGCGCCAUUGGAAGGGUGCUUGAGUAUCAUGCCAGGGCAAGACUGUCGUCCCUGGAUAUCGUCGGCACUAUCCAGCUUCACGAUGUCGUCAUUACUACUUAUGAAGAAGUCCGAAGGUCGUAUCCGAAGAUUGAAUUCUCGGGCAACAUGAACAAAAGUGAAAAGGAAAUUACAGAGCUGUGGGAACAGGCUUACGAAGAAGAAGUUGGGCCUCUGCACAAGAUCAAGUUUCUACGAAUCAUUCUCGACGAGGGACACUUGAUCAGAAACAUCUCAUCUUCGACCUCAAUUGCUGUCCGGGCCCUUACUGGGAAAUACAAAUGGAUCUUGACUGGGACGCCUCUAAUCAACUGGGUCAGAGAGCUCUAUACAUACUUUCAGUUCCUGGAAGUUCCGCGCAUCGGCCAGUACCAUGACUUCAAGCAGAACUAUUACAAUCCCGGCGAUGGUCAAUCCCAUCAGCGCCUCGUAAAUUUACUCCGAUCUAUCCUCACCCGUCGGACACAUUCAAGCAGGCUCUUCUCUUUGCCAAUCAUCAAAUUACCGGAUCUUAGCGAACGAACCAUUACGGUGAACUUCUGCGACGUUGAGCGAAAGAUCUACACAUUGAUUGAGCUGGGUGGUAUCGCUGAAGUCAAUGGUCUUGUUGGACUUAACGAUAGGAUAGCCCAAAUCGAGUGUUUCCUAGUUAUGAUUUUAAGGCUGCGCAUGUUCUCCAGUCAUCUACUCACCGCACAAUUCUCUGUUAAAAAGUUGUUGACAGAUGAGGUCAUGGGAGAAAUCACCGCACUAUCCAACCAAAAAGACACAGAGCAUCCGUCCUACAAGAUUGCAACGUGGCUAGCAGCCUUGAGAAAUUCACUCCCAAUCCCGCCAAAGCCAGCGACAUCCGGCGGCACAAUGCAAGCGCAACCCGACGAGUCAGCACAACUUGACGAAUACCUUACUGGGGAUAGAGAGGAGCUCAUCCGAAAGUUCCGUGCGUUCAUGUGUGAACUACAUGGGGAAGAGAACUGGGUUGAGCGACUCGAUAGAGGAAAUUGCCCUAGCUGUGGAUACCUAGGGGAGGCGUCAGUCAUUACGUCUUGUAUGCAUCUGUACUGCGAAGAGUGCUACUACAUUCUCAAGGAAAGCACAGCCCCCGAGGAUGGAAAGCCAAUAUGCAUGAGGUGCAAUGUGACCAUCCAAGAAGCCGCUCGCUAUGGAACUGUGGACAACAGCAACGUGGAAGAGUCGCUUCCUGAUCCUCCAACGCAAACAACGCAAAAGAAGGGAGGAAAAUCUAAGAAGCCAAAACAAAGCAAGAAAGCCGGCAUGGCCAAGUAUGGAAUGUUCAGUGACGAGUCCCAGACACAGCAAAAAGAUAACAACAAACCCGAGAACAAAGAAGGCGACAAAAAAGGCGACGACGAAGUUGAUUGGGACAAAACAAACGUUGCUCUUCAUAUGCCCGGCACUAAAUUGACCCAGACAGAAAAAUUGAUUGCAGGCUGGAUAAGAAAAAACAAAAGCGUCAAAGUAGUCAUUUUCACACAGUUUCUAGGCUCUGUCCGAGUCCUGUCGGGGAUGUGCUACAGGAGAGGUUGGAAGCAUACCAUGCUGACAGGAAAAAUGCCCAUGCAAUGCCGUGACGAAAAUAUGCAGGAAUUCAGGGACAAAUCCGAUGUGAGGAUAUUGAUUGCCUCUCUCAGAGCUGGAGGAACAGGUCUCGACAUGUCAAUGGCAAACAAAUGCAUCCUGAUUGAUCUCUGGUGGAACGAGGCCAUUCAAGAACAGGCAUUCAGCCGGAUUUACAGAAUCGGCCAACAGAGAGAAGUUGAAUUUGUCAAGAUCGUCAUACGAAACUCGGUAGACGACAGAAUCAUGAAGCUCCAGAGACAGAAAACAAAGGAGAUCAAUGGGACCAUUGGCGAAGGCGUUUUGGAGGGGAGAGAGACAAUCAUGGAACUAAUCAAAAUGUUCGGGACAGUUCAGGAGCAUGCGGGAGGUGGUUUCAUAAUCAUCCCGAAUGCUAAAGAUGAUUAGUGAUGGACACCCCUUGUGUUCUCUGCCGUUGAUUCCAUGGCGUUUAGUUUCUAUAAAGAGUUCUGAAUCUGGGACGGGAGUUGCGAAAACCAGGAGUUAUCAGAGGAAAACGGAUUUUACAUUUUCGAAGGGAGUUUUGUCUAUUCGCAGUCAAGGUUUGGUCUAAUUGGAUUACACUCGAAUCCUCGAAUGGCUGCAUGUUUAUUUGGAGGCACAUCUGUUGAUUGACUUAGAUACCCACUUAGUUAUGACAUGAAAUGAAACGCUUCAAACGUUUCCACAAAU